GCAGAGGCUCCGCCCCCACGGCCCCGCCUACGGGAGCUGCUGAGGCGGCACCUGAGGGAGGAGAGGGUGGAGCAAUGGGCCAGGGAGGUCAGCUCGGGGCCGCACGGGGCGGGGUCAGGGCGUGGCCGAGCUCUCGCCCAAUCAGUGCUGAGCGCCCUGGCGGGGGCGGGGCUGAGCCGGGCCUGGAGCCGCCCCCAGCCCCUCCCCCUCCCAGUACGGGGGGCGGUGUCGCUGCGCUGGGUGGGGCCGGGGGGGGAGGAGCUCGAGCGGCUCCCGCUGGACCCGGAAGCGUUCUGCGCCUGGAGCGCGCCCGGGACGGCCACCGGCGGGCUGGUCUAUGGGCACUACGGGAGGCCCCAGGACCUGGCGGAGCUGCGGGCGCGGGGGGUGGAGCUGCGGGGACACCUGGUGCUGCUGCGGCUGGGGCGGGGCCGCCCCGCCCAACAGGUGAGAGGGACACGCCCACAUGGGGGCGGGGCUGGUGCUGCUGCGGCUGGGGCGGGGCCGCCCCGCCCAACAGGUGA